AUGUCGUGGCAAGGUAAACCCCUCCCUGGAAUCUGCAACCCCCACCUCCUGUCACGGGCUCCUGGCGGGGGCAAGAUCCUGGUCGGCACCGGCCACUUGGACAAGGCCGCCAUCAUCAGCAUCGCAGGUGACAGCGUCUGGGCCACCUCGAGCGGUUUCACUGUGAAGCCCGAGGAGAUGACGAACAUCGUCAAGAUCCUGACCGCCGGCAGUGGCUACGACGAGGUCCGGGCGAACGGUGUGCACGUUGCAGGCGACCGCUUCGUCGUGACCCAGCUUCCCGACACGACUGAGCGAAGUAUCUACGGCCGUUCGGGACGGACCGGUAUCGUUGUCGCCAAGACGAAGCAGGCCAUCAUAGUCGCCCACUACGGGGAGAACCAGCAGGUUGGAAACGCGACACAGACCGUCGAGGCGUUGGCCGACUACCUCAUCAAGGUCGGAUACUAG